GGGCUGUCACUCACGGGGCUGGGGGUCCUUCCUUCCCUCCCUCCUCCAGGAGGAAGCAGCAUGAAUAUGACUCAAGCCCGGGUUCUGGUGGCUGCCGUGGUGGGACUGGUGGCCGUCCUCCUGUACGCCUCCAUCCAUAAGAUCGAAGAAGGACACCUGGCUGUGUACUACAGGGGUGGAGCUUUACUAACUAGCCCCAGUGGACCAGGCUAUCAUAUCAUGUUGCCUUUCAUAACUACGUUCAGAUCUGUGCAGACAACACUACAAACUGAUGAAGUUAAAAACGUGCCUUGUGGAACAAGUGGUGGAGUCAUGAUCUAUAUUGACCGAAUAGAAGUGGUGAAUAUGUUGGCUCCUUAUGCAGUGUUUGAUAUCGUGAGGAACUACACUGCAGAUUAUGACAAGACCUUAAUCUUUAAUAAAAUCCACCACGAGCUGAACCAGUUUUGCAGUGCCCACACACUUCAAGAAGUUUACAUUGAAUUGUUUGAUCAAAUAGAUGAAAACCUGAAGCAAGCGCUGCAGAAAGAUUUAAACCUCAUGGCUCCGGGUCUCACCAUCCAGGCUGUGCGUGUUACAAAACCCAAAAUCCCAGAAGCCAUACGAAGAAAUUUUGAGUUAAUGGAGGCUGAGAAAACAAAACUUCUUAUUGCUGUACAGAAACAAAAAGUCGUGGAGAAAGAAGCCGAGACAGAGAGGAAAAAGGCCAUUAUAGAAGCCGAGAAGAUUGCCCAGGUGGCAAAAAUUCAAUUUCAGCAGAAGGUGAUGGAGAAGGAAACCGAAAAGCGCAUUUCUGAAAUUGAAGAUGCUGCAUUCUUGGCUCGAGAGAAGGCGAAAGCAGAUGCUGAGUUUUAUGCUGCACACAAAUAUGCCACCUCCAACAAGCACAAAUUGACCCCGGAGUACCUGGAGCUCAAAAAGUACCAGGCCAUCGCUUCGAACAGUAAGAUCUACUUUGGCAGCAACAUCCCUAGCAUGCUUGUGGACUCCUCCUGCGCUCUGAAAGGCUCCGAUGUCGGGACUGGAAGAGACCGCGCUCUCCUCUCUCAGGAGGCCCUGGAACCCUCGGGAAAGAACCCCAUCCCAAACACAAAGAGUGCAGGUUGAUGCAGGAGGUGGAAACGUUCUCCCCUCCCAAGCUGGGGCCCAAGGGGUGAGGUGGGAACAAUGGCUAUACCGACUCUUCAGGUUUACAGGCUCUGCCGCCUCUUCUGUGAUAACCCUGGCACCUCGGCUGGUGGUGGCGUGGAGCUAGCUGGCGGGCGCUCAGGGGGUCUCCUUCUCAGCUGCAGUUUUGUCAAGUACCCUUUACCUGUUUCUUUCCCAAACAGUACUGGUCAGUGAGGGAGUGCCCGACGCUAAGAUACUGCCUGCACUGGAAUGUUAAGUACUAAAUAGCUAACAAAUUGUGUUUUUCUACGCUGAGGUCUAUUGAAUAAUGUUUACAUUGGCCCCUGGGGAAUGGUGUGCUCAGCAAGUCGAGAGCUGGGCGGCCAAGGGUAAAGGAGAGCGAGGGCACCCCGGACUCUUCUGGGCUCCUGGGCUGCCCAUGUCUAGGCCUGAGCUUGCCCAGGAAAUGAGCUUCCACUGAGCGACCAUUUACUUGACAACAAUUUGCACCUUUCUGCAGUCAGGUUGGUGGCCUGCCGGGCCACGUACCUUGCCACCCAACCAGAGUUGGUUUGUUGAGAUUGCUAGCCACAAGUUUACUGCAUCUGUAGGCUCAGGAGGGCUUGAUUGGAAGCACUGGGCAGGCCAAAGCCUUUUGCCCAUGGCUUUGCCCCCGCACUGUCCAGAGCUGCCCGGUUUUGAGCCACAGAGAGCUCCUUCCGAGACACCUCUCGGCUCUGGCUUUCACCAGAAAUAGGGGCAGUGCACGAUUCCUCGCCACUCACUGCACAGUAUUGUAGCAAAACUGCAGGAAAUGCUUACUUUGAAAACUGGAUUCGGGGUACCCUCGCUUGCCCCAGCACUUCUGCCUGAAGGCCAGGUUCCCCGUGUUGCCGUGCUUACAGCACACUGAUUGUCGUUCUUCCUGUUCUUCAUCAGGAUCCCCUCCCCCCAAGCCACCCACCCCCCCCCAUGAGAAGAAGGCUCUGUAGAAAGCACCCUUCCUUAGUCAUUUCUGUCUUCCUGCCGUGCCCUCAGAUGCUGAAAUCAAAGUUGUUUCCCCAACUCUGGCCUUCCCUGGGUGCUCCGUGGAUGCAGUUUCCUAAACAGGUAGAAGAGCGGGCUUGGGGCUAUAGGAGAGCUGGUUCUUCAGGACCCUUUCAAACUCUGAUGAUGGACUCUCCUGACUGCGACUCUGUACUUAGAAUAAGAAGACAUGUGUGACCUUGGCAGAGCCGACAGAAGUCCUGGCUGUGGGACUGCUUCCCAAAGCCCCACGGCAUGCCAGCCCAUCCACCUGCUGACUGCUGGGGACUGUGCCAACGAGGAGGGAAGCCCCAGGCCCGAAUGGGCCCUUGUAGCUGGGCUUUACGCUUCAGAGGCAUUGGUCAAGGAGAGAUUCCCCCCCCCCCCUAUUUUUCUCAAUUACAUAGAUUUCUGUGUGAAUGAAUGUUGUGUUCUUCAGCCCUCCUUAAAAGAACUUUGGAGCGAUGCACACUUGUUCACUGUCAUAUUGUUGCUGCAGAGAAGUGGUGCUGGUGCUGGUGGGGAAGGCUGGGUCCGCGGCGGCGGGUGUGCUUUCCCUCUCCUGGCACGGUUCCCUGUUUCCUCCAACAGCUGCCGCGGCCGCCCCAGAGUGGUGGGAGGGGGGUUUUCUCACAAGCCAGAAGCCCUGGGGUCAGAGGUGAGGGGCAGGGAAAUGCCAUUGUGAAGUUUUGCAGAAAGAGAGUCCCCUCCCAGUGUGCUUCCCUGUGCUCACGCAGUGGGCCGGCCUGUCCCUCCUUCAGGGAUGUUCCUUAUGGCAAAUACACACUGUAAUCUUGAAGUCUAAAUUUAUAUGUGAAAUGCUACCUUUUUUAAAAUAAGAAACUGAAUAAAACUAUUUUACUAUCAUUGA